UCAACACAGAUUACUCUCAACACGCCUCUUUCAAGAUGUCUUCUUCAUCAGCUCCUGGCACAAACUUCACAGUUACUGAGGGCAACCUGACCGGACCCGGAGUUAAUCUGAGCAUGUUUUCUUUGACUGCUGUUAUAGGCAAUGUGGUUGUUAUUUUACUCGGCAUCAUCACCUGCUCCAUUAAUACGCUAAUGAUUCACACAUUCAACAAACAUCAAAUCUUCAGGUUCAACCCUCGCUACAUCCUUUUCAUCCACUUGGUGCUAAACGAAACACUCCAGUUGAUACUCAGCAUUUCCCUCUACAUCUUUGCCAAUUCCUACUUCACCAUCUAUGUCUCCCUGUGCAUGCUCAUCCUCCUGCCGGCUGUUCUCACCACCAGAAACACUCCAUUGAAUCUGGCCUGCAUGGCAGCAGAAUGUUACAUCUCCGUCUGCAUCCCCCUCCGCCACGGAAACAUAUGUACAGUUAAGAAAACCUACAUUGCUAUUGGCAUUAUGUGGGUGAUAAGCUUGCUCACUAUUCUACCUGAUAUCUUUAUUCUUUUYAUUACUGAAGAGCUGCAUUUUUUGAAAACGAGAGUUUUCUGUGAAAGUGACAGAGUGUAUAGAAGCACCUACAGUAAAAAUAAGAGAUAUGUGUCCCAUAUAUUUUUUCUGGUGGUGGUUUGUCUCACUCUGUUCUACACUUAUUUCAGAAUUUUGUUUGUGGCAAAAGCUGCAAAUUCUGAUGCUAAAAAAGCAAGAAACACAAUUCUGCUUCAUGGUUUUCAGGUGCUGAUGUGCAUGACGCUGUAUAUGCAAACUUUUCUAAAGCARCUCCUCAUAUACUUGUUUCCUGGGCAGAGCAUUUUCGUACAGCAUGUUAUUUUCAUAUUAAUCCAGAUCAUUCCUCGCUGUCUAAGUCCCGUUGUUUAUGGGAUACGAGACAAAACUUUCAGAAUGUACUUUAAGAAGUAUUUUAUAUGUUUGCAAGUAAAAGCAAUAAAGGUACAAACCUAACAGAGAGCCAAAAGUCUUGGCUCUCUGUUUUGUGAAAUACACUGAGCUUUUUUAACAAAGCUCCAGUGGCCUGCGUGAAAAUGGAUAGUGAGUAAGUAGUUGGACAUGAAUGUAACAAAGUGCAAGUUAACACGUCAUUUUCAUGCAGCAUUUAUUAAGGGCAAUCUCAACAACCAUUUCAUUAACUUGUUAAAAUGUUCGUUAACACAAAUGAUGAAUCUGCCAACUAGACAAAGUAAACUGUGUUGUAUACAACUAGACAUGAUAAUGUCAUGAUCCUUGAGUGUUUGGGUUUUGGCUGUUAUUUAUGCUUGGAAUCCUCUAUUAUUUCACAACUGCUUUUGCCUCAUUUAGUUAAUCUUUUUCCAUAUCAGAUCUUGCCAUAUAAGUUUAUUMCUUCUGAUUUAGUUUCUGUAUUUAAUGCUAUUUUAACAAAACAGUUGAAUGCCACCUGCUUCCAAUUUUUUGCCCUCUAAGCAUCAGACUUCAUCAGCAGUCUGAACAGUCAUGCCAUAUAAUCUGACUUUUAAAUCAUAGAUGUGCUUCAAUKG